UACUUCAUAUGAUACUUACACACUAUUACUCUCUGACAGAACUGUUUCAGCUAUCGUUUUGCUCCAUAUGUUCAUGGGAAAUAUAUAAAUUUGUAUACAGUUGUAACAGCUGAAGCUCAAGUGUCUGCAGUGGCUAGUUUCAAUGACUCAAGAUGUGCUUGGCAGAUGGUGUGUCCAAAUGACCCUCUUCUCUUCACUUGUACUGUCACUAAAAGUACUUCGGAACUUGCUGAAGUAACACUACCCUCUGGGGAGGGAGUACAAGUCACUAUUGGCAACACGACACAAGAAGUUGGAGCUACUCCUCUACCAGAUGGAGUGACUGUACAGUCUCACGAUGCAGUAGAGGAUGGAGGACCAGUAGACUACACACUAACACUGGCUAUUGAGAGAGCCUCACUGUUGAGUGGCAAUCCCAUCAUAUGUAAUGCUAGAACUGUGCCAGUGUCAACAGACGAGGCAUCAUGUCCAAUAGCCACAGACCCACCAGGUCCACCAGUAGGACUGAGUCAGGUUGUAUCAGCCAACACUGAGACAUCGGCAGUGGUGCAGUGGCGGUCUCCAGCCAUGACUGGAGGCAGUGGAGUGAACAUCAAUGAAUAUAAAGUGACUGUUAAUGGUGGGAUGACUCAGACUGUCAGCCAUGAUGAUAGUGGAGAUGUCUUCACUGCCACCAUUACUGUGCCACAGUUCAACACCAGCUACAGUGUGUCAGUGACUGCCAUCAACUCUUGUGGUCUCUCCAGUCAGCCUGCCACCACCACUGUCUUCAUUGAGGCCAGAGUUCCACCUCAGCCUACAGUACAGUCUCUUGUCAUGUACUGCGAUGUUCCUCUGAGUGGUGGUAGACCUGUUGUACUCAAUUGGACGAGGGGAGAGAGGCAGGUGGGGGUGGUGUAUCCAGGAGAGGAGACAACAGUGGACCUGACUCCAGGAGGGACCAUAUGCUCUCUUCUCUCAACACCUAACACCAGUUGUACUGCUGCCAUUACCAGUGACUGCACCAACUACAACAUCUCUAUCACUCUCUCUAAUGAUGUCGGGUCUUCUCAAAUAUCCAUCAUCUUUAACUCUGCCCCGGUGGGGGUGAAGGAGGGAGAGAGUCCAGCUGGAGGACCUGCAGUCGUAGUCAGUCUGAACCCUCUCUGUCGCAGUGUCCCCUACACAGUGGGGCUGUCGUUUGGAGUGAGAGAGAACAGUGGAGUGACGUGUCUUCCUCAGCAGAACGUGACAGCCAACAUCCUCCCUGGAACCCCUGUCAUCCUGCCUAUUAAUGUCACUACUCUUCCUCUGGCAGAUGGCCAGCAAUACUGUUUCACAGUUCCCCAGCUAAACAUUGAAGGUGAUCUGCCUACUGCCAGUACAAGCACUUGUACUGACACUAGAGAAGAGAAGGAGAGUAUAUCAACUGGAGUUGCUGUGGCUAUAAGUACAAUCAUCACUCUAUUGGUGUCCCUACCAGUGGGUGUGGUCAUUGGUUCCUGUGGUACAUUGUUUGCAAUUCGUAGAGGAGGAGAAAGAGGAGAGAGGAAGAAGAAGAAGAGAGAGGAGCUUGUAGCAGCCAUCUAUGAGGAGCCAGUUCAUUCAGUGGAGACUGCCAUUCCUCUCUCUGAGAACCAGGCAUAUGGCCAGGUCUCGUCUCAGAGGUAGUAGAGGAAGGUGGUCAACUGUGUAGAAUAACAUUACAUACCGUGUGUGGUUUCAUUUAUUGUGUUGUAAUAAAUCAGCUACUCUUGAAUACAUUCACUUUUCUAAUGGGCUAGCAAAUUAGCAAUUAUAUCAGUGGAUAUAUACUUU